AUGCCAUCGAGGAUACGAAACAACAUGAGUAAACGGAACAGGUCUGAGGUUAAAACUAAUGCUAGAAAGAAAUACAAGGUGGCUCAGACAACUUUAGAUCCUAAUACUUCUGGUAUUUAUGCCACAUGUACUAGAAGACAUGAAAAACAGGCUGGUAAUGAGCUCAUGAGUUUAUUAGAAGAAAAGUUAGAAUACUAUGCUCAAGAAUUGAAAGAUAUUAAUGGAGCUGAACUGGAUAACCCUUCAGAAAAUUCUAAAUCUGAAGAAUUAUCUAUUGAGGAUCAAGUGAAGAACGAAUUGGAGGAAUUGAGGAACAAUGCCACUUUGGUUGAUCGAACAAAAAAGAAGCCCAUUCUUCAACAAAUACCAUUAGAAUCAGAAUGCAUGGUGUUCUUCAAAACUAGAAAGCCAAUAAACCCUGAAAAUUUUGUAUUAAGAAUCAUUCAAGAAUUAGCAAGCCCGACUAUGAACUCUAAGAGAACUAGGUACAUCCAAAAGUUAACCCCAAUUACUAGUUCAUGCAAUGCCAGUUUGGAAGAACUGACCAAGUUAUGUCAACGUGUGUUACCUCCACAUUUCCACCAAGAAGAAUCAACCGCCUAUAAAUUUGCAAUUGAAGUUAAUAAAAGGAACUUUAACACUUUGGAUAAGAUGGAUAUGAUAAAUUUGAUCGCUAGAGAAGUGGGUAAAGGAGGUCAGUUUCGCCAUACUGUUGACCUUAAAAAUUACGAUAAACUAGUAUUAGUACAAUGCUAUAAGAACAACAUUGGCAUGUCUGUGGUUGACAAUAACUACCUGACUGAAUAUAGAAAGUACAAUAUUCAAGAAAUCUACGAAGCCAAAUUUAGCACAAAGAAAGUGGAUUCCUCUCCAGAAAAUAAAACCGAAUAA